AUGAAAAUCGGAGAUGAAACGUCAGCUGUCCCGACCACCGUCUCCUACACCAACAUCAGCUGUCCUGGACGUCCAUUUGACGUCUCGAGGCACUGCCUCCAACGCAUAGUGAAGAAGGCAUCAUCUUCUUGGCGAGUAGGCGACCAGCGACUUCAACUGCGACAUGCCGACUUGUCAAUUGUCAUCGUCUCCAACUCCCACCGGCGACCAGCGAGGUUUAUUCAGUGUUUCCGACUUCAGCUUCCUCCUUCCUUCCCGGCGAUUGACUCGUUCAUUCUUAUUCUCGGUCAGCGAGUAGGCGACCAGCGACUUCUCCGACGCUUCCUCUUUCCAUCCUGUGACCGCUGCCGACCCCUUCUGCAUUCCACGAUUUUUGUAAUUAUGUCUUCAGCAGAACCAAGUCAACCUAAUGAUUCAAACAUGGUUAAUGAUACCGCCAAUUCUGCAGUUAACUGUAACGAGAAACAAAUUAAAUUCACAUCUCCAAUGUGGCGUCAUUUCACCUAUGAAGAAGUUAAUGGAACCAAAAAGGCUGUUUGUAAGUAUUGUAGAAAAGAAAUUACUUACACAACCAAAAAUGGAACCGAAGGGAUGCAUUCUCACCAUAAGUCAUGCAAAAUACGAAUUGGGCAAAAGAAAAUUGAUGAUUUUCAGAGUCAGUUAACCGGAAAAAAAUCUAAGACGAAUCAAAGUGGGGGAUCAGUUUUAGCAACACAUCGGUUUAAUUAUGACGAUUUGCGAACCGAUCUUGCUAAAAUGAUCACAAAACAUGAUUACCCACUUAGAAUUGUUGAACACGAAGGCUUUAGAGAUUUUUGUCAAGGGCUCCAACCACCUUUUAGGCCUAUUUGUAGAAACACGGCUAGAUCUGAUGUCAUUAAGUUGUACGGUGAGGAAAAGGCAAGGAUGAUGCAUUUUUUGGAGAGUAUUCAACGUAGGAUUGCAAUAACUACCGACAUAUAAUAAUUUAUUUUAUUAUUAUUUUUGUUAUUUGUUUAGGGAGGAUAUUCGAAUGUCAGUGAAUGAAGAGUUGAAGGA